AUGGAUUACGAAAAAGAAGAGGUCAAACAUAUACUGAGUGGCAGCUAUCCGAGGGUUGAAAAAGUUUUUGUAGCAGUCGAAGAGACUCAGAAAAUCUUACAAACCAAGAUGGAUCUAUUCACUCGCUUGCAACAAUUUCAUGAUACUUUGCAAGCCAUUAAGCAAGAAAAUAACCUGUGGAAUUCUAUUACAUCACAACAGGUAGAUAAGGUACUGGCGAGGUUAGAGGAGCUAUUAGCUCUAGCUGAAAAAGAGUACGCCCCUGAUGCAACUGCGCUGUGUUCGCAAAUUGAAUCUGUGCACGCGUCCUUCGUUCAGCUCGAGUGUGAUAGAAUUAAAGAAAAGCUACGGAUCCUUCUAUCACAACUAGACAAAUUGGUGAAUUUGAUGGCAAAGCGGAAAAUUCUCAUAUUAAAAUUCAAAGAGUUUCUGAAAUUCGUAACAAAUGCCGAGGAUAAGUUGCUCAGUACAGUCCAUGAAACCUCAAUUGGUGCUGAGGUCGAUGUGCAGCGAAUUACGAACGAAAUGAGUGCAGUGUUGAGUAGGAUAAAUGAAUUCGGAGCAGAGCUUGCAGAAUGUGAACUUCAAGCUAAUAUGACGAUUACUGGUACAUCAGUUGUCGAUGCUGUGAACAGAAUUAAAGAUAUUCCUUUAAUUAUUGGUCCUAUCGAGAAAUCACUGGAGUUUUCCAAGCUUUUUCAAGAAUUUUUUGAAGUUUCUAAUCAGUUGGAAAGUGUUUUUCUUACUGACAUUCGUACGUGUGAACAUCUUGAUAAUGCCGCUGAAUUCAUAGCUGUUUCACUGGAGAAUGGGAAGAAAGAAACUGAACUGAUGAAUCGACUCACAGCGAUUGUUAGUGAUCUUAAGGCUGAUGAACAUAGCAAAGCAAAUGAAAUUCUUUCCAAAUUAAAACCGUUUAUGGAAAAACGACAAGAGGUUCGACGAGUAACUGUGGAAGAUUGUGUGGGGAGAUCACUUGUGAUUUUGACGCAGAAAGAACAACAAUUAGAAACUGUUAUUGAACAUGAUAUUGUUAAAGGGAGUUUCGAAGCUUUUCAAAAUAAUAUAAUCACGCAGUGGAUCCCUUGGAAAGAAGAGCUUGACAGGCUAAUAUUGCUGAUAGAAAACAGCAACAGUCGUUGGAGGGAAGCAGUAGAUGAGUUGAUCGAAAAAGCAAGGAACUUCGAUUUACGAAUUGCAAAUAUUGAAUGUAAGCUGGGUGAUUUCGGACGUGAACAAAAUAUACUUGCUUUUGUUGAGUGGCUUGAUUUGGCUGAAGAAGACGUUAAUCGAAUUCAAACUUUGCGUGCUGAAAAAGAAGGAAGAGAAAAAAUGGCUGAAAUUCAUAAAGUUUGCUUAUCAUAUCAGACGUUAGUGAAUGAACUUCUGAACUCUAGACUGGACUCACCACAUUCCAAUGAAGUAAAAAGGCAGUGUAAUCGGUAUUUCACCUUACUAGAUCGUAUUAAUAUGUGGGAUUUUCGUGAACAAGAAAAGUCUGCAGAUUUGGACUUGCUUUCAUCGUCAGUGCAUUCAGAGUUUCCCAUUAGUUCAUUCUCAUGUUCUGAAAAUGAGAGGGGAGACACAGAGACGACAGAGAUCAGCAAGGAUUUAUUCGAAGAAACAAACUCAACUAGAAAUCUGGCACAGCGAAUAUUAAAAGCAAAGGAAGAGAAGGAAAUACAACAGUUGUUAACAGAUACUGAUGAAGAGUUGAAUUUUUUGGCGGACUUUUUAAGUAGUCUAAGUGGAGAUUACGCUCGUUCACUGAAACCGCUAAUUAACGCUCAACGUGACCUGAAGAAGCUUCAGGAGCUUAAUGAAAGAAGGCGUCAGCUGAAUAUCUCUUGCAAUACUGUGUCCAAUCUUUCUGAUGAAAAUUUGGCCGUGGUUCGGUCUUUAACAUUACAUCUGCAAUCACUAGAAGAACCAUAUACGAUAUUUAUUCAAGAGCUGCAAAAGGAAAUUGAUGAUGAGGUGUUACUGCGAACUAAUUAUGACGCGAUUGUUCAAGAGCUGAAUCAUCUGAAUGCCAAUAUUGAUUAUCGGGCGCAAAGUGUCAUUCAAGACUUGCGAAACAAAUUAGAACGUGUUCAGUCACAGAUGGAUUUCAUACGAUCACAAUGUUUAGUGCGAAGAAAAUAUGUGGAAAAUAUAGUAGAGAAUGUUUCACCACGAGCAUCUCCUGGCCAUAACUCGAGACGAAAAAAGAUUGUGCUGAUGAUUUCAAGAACUGUAACUACAAUUAUUCAGGUAGUAGAGGAUGAGUUGCGUCAAUCAUCACAAAUUCCGGAAAAUGAACUUAUGGAAUUGCGGCAAAAAUUGCAGGACGUGAAUACCUGCAUUAAAGAUGAGGACAUUGGACCAGCAUUAGAAGAUUCCAACAAAAUUUUGAUCGACUGCAAACUUGCUGCUAUCGAAAAGCAGUUAACAGUAGCUGAGCAAUUGAUGUCGUUUAAAGAAGAACUCAUCGAAGAAAGCAAUGUGCAACAAAUCGAAAUGAAAUCUGCAAACAUUAGAAAAGAAGAGGAAAUACUGAAUAUGAAAAUAGAAGAACUCUCCAGGGUAGAUACA